UUUUUUUUUUCUCUUUUUUCUCCUCCUCCAUUUUGUGUGCUCUUUUUUGUAUUCAGGUUUCAUCGUAGCAGCUCAUUCAUUCAUCAAAAUUUCUCCUUUUCUCCCCUUUUCUUCUGUGUUUGAGCUCGAUAAAAUCCAUAAAAAAAACCUUUUUUUUAUUUGAAAAAAAGAAUAGCUGUAGCCAAUUUCAUCAGUUUGGAUCCUAUUGAUCUCCAAGAUGACCGCGACCUUAUUUUGCAUCGCCGGUGCGUAGAACUGUAUUCUCAUACGCCGAGAUGGAACAUCUAUAUAUGGAGGGGCGAGAGGGACGGCACGAUGAAAACGGUACUCCGGAAUGUGGUUCAAGCACGGAGGAGAACGGUGAUCCGAUUUUCGGUGUAUCCGAGCUUAAAUCGGAGCUUCGGAACAUCGCCGGAAACAUGCCCUUAAUCUUAGAGUCCCCGAAAAGCAAAAGUUCUCGACGCAAACAAAAUUCUUGCCCUUGUAGCACCGAUCUCGCCUAUCCGUACUACAUAAAUUUCAUCAGCCCUAGCAGGGAUUUUCUACCAUUUUCUGCUGAUUUGGAGCAGCCUCGUUACAACCACCGUCGGCGUCAGCGUAUCUUUUACCUAGCGUCAUCCUUGUUCAACAUGCCUUCGAACAUGAGAUCCUUAGAUCUAGUUAUCAAAAGUUUGAGAGAUCGUAGAAAACCGAGUGUUACCGAUCUUGACGACUUUGUCGACGAGUCUUCUUCACAGGCUAGUACAGAAGAUUCUGCUGCUGUAAGUCCUUCGAGGAUGCUGAUAUUUGAAUCUUUAGAAGCAGCUCUCAAGGUGAGGGCGCUACACAAGCGCUCGUUUGUUGCCCCGCGGACGCCCAAAGGAAGAAUAGUACCUUUUAAGAGAAGCACUUCUGAGUCGAGUUAUUCUGAGAAGACGAUUCAGUCCCGGUCUAGUUCGACCUCAGUGUCGUCGAACCUUAUAUCCACAGGCCUUCUCUGCUGCAUGUGGAAAAAUGGGCUUCCUCACUUUGAGUUUUCAGUAGAGGAUGAUCCGAGCGAGAUUUACGUGGCGAAUCCUCUGAAGGUCCGGUCUACGGUUGACAAGGAAUUGGAUUACAUCUAUGUCUUUCAGGCGAGAAAGGGAUCGAGAUUUGCUGCUAAGAUGAAGGUGUCGAGUUCUUUACGUUUGAGCUCAAAAGAAUCGGACUGCAUAGAAACCGAAUUUGUGUUGUUCGAUGCUGACGGUGGCCUUUCGGCAGAAAUGCAAAGGUCUUCUUCAUCUCUCACAAAAACUAAGGGUUUUUCCAAAAAAGUCGCAAAGAUGUUAACGCCAAGCUACUCACCGAAGCGCAAGAUUUGCCAUAAAGCUGCUAAAUCGUGUUCUCAGUUUAAUGACAUUCACGAGGUUAUUGCCGGCGAUUUUCGUGGCAUCGAUGAAUUAGUGCCUCCUCGCCUUCUUACUGAUGAUUUCCCCCCCAACCUCGAGCUAUCUGCGAUUGUCGUGAAAGAUUAUCAUCAUAAGAGCAACGGAGAGUUUUCUGCCGGUGGGUGGGGCCUCAAAUUCCUUGCAAAAGCGGAAGGAGGUUGCAUGCAGAAUAGAAGAAGAUCGUCGAGGCGUGUGAAUGUUGUGAUCCCAAGUGGAGUUCAUGGUGGUCCAGUUACAAGCAGUGGGGGCCCAUCAAGUCUUACGGAGAGAUGGAAGUCCGGCGGCCUCUGCGACUGUGGCGGGUGGGAUGUCGGGUGUCCUAUUACAGUGCUCAGUGACAGCACCACGGUAUCGGAAACUUCGCCCCACAAAGAGUCACAGGAAUGCAAUUCCAUUGAUCUGUUCAUGGAGGGCGCAAAGCAUGGUGAACCUGCAUUCAGGCUGCUGAAUGUGGGUGAAGAUCUUUUCCUAAUCCGCUUCAAGUCGACUCUCUCGGCUCUGCAGUGCUUCUCAAUUGGAGUGGCAACCAUCCAUGCUCAGGCGUCGCAACUCUAUCCGAAGCUGUGAAUAAUGCAGAGAGCCUUCUAGAUACCAUAGCCUCUAUUAACCUUUUUAUAAUCCACAAUUUCACGACCAUUUAUAGUGAUUUAGAUGUUUACCGUUUCUUCCUUCAUUAACUUACUCAAGAUGACAGGAUGGUAGAGCACUCAUUCUGCCUGGUUUUAUAGCCCUGCUUGUCUUGUUUCCAAUAAUCAUCCAUGAGUACUCAAAAGAACUUCAGCUGAAAAAGCAAGCACUGAUGCAUGAGUCAUUAUUCUUUACAAA